AUGUCGAACCUAAACGAAAUCACGACCGGUGAUAAGCUGGCAAAGAAUGAUUUAGAGGGCCUGAACAAGGUGGAUUCCCUUGUCAAGAUAUCGCCAGCCAAUACUGUUGCUCACGAUGCCGUGUUUGGUACGAUUACCGAGGACGGGCCCAACUAUCGUAAUGUUGGAUGGAUCGGAACCUCGGUCUUGAUGAUGAAGACCCAGAUCGGUCUUGGUGUCCUAUCAAUUCCGUCCGCCUUCAACGUCCUCGGUCUCAUCCCAGGCGUAUUGUGCCUACUCGCUAUCGCCAUUAUCACCACCUGGUCUAACUAUAUGGUUGGUGUCUUCAAGAUUAAGCAUCCUGAAGUCUAUGGAAUAGACGAUGCGAGUAGGAUCAUGUUUGGCGUCGUCGGACGAGAGAUUCUGUCAGCCGGAUUCAGUCUCUACUUGAUCUUCGCCGCUGGAUCCGGUAUGCUCGGUAUCUCGAUCGGCUUUAAUGCCAUCUCAACCCAUGGAACUUGUACCGCCGUCUUCGUCGCAGUUGCUGCCGUCGGAGUCAUGGGCCUUGCAAGCAUUAGAACUCUUGAUCGUCUGAGCUGGAUUGCAUGGGUCGGUUUAAUUUCACUUCUAGUUUCCAUAUUUAUGGUUACCAUUGGUGUUGGCGUCCAAGAUCACCCCGAUGCUGCUCCUCCAGGCCCAUGGUCUUCGGACUACAAACUAGUUGGCAACCCCAGCUUUACAGCAGCCGCCUCGGCGAUUUCCAUGUUCGUUUUAUCCUACGCCGGUACUCCCUUCUUCUUUCCGAUCGUGUCCGAAAUGCGCGACCCUCGACAUUACACAAAGGCGUUAGUCCUAUGCCAAAUCGUUGUGACUAUCACAUACGUCACAAUUGGAAUUGUCGUGUACUACUAUUGCGGGUCUUAUGUAGCAUCCCCUGCUCUUGGAUCCGCAGGUAAGCUCAUAAAGAAGAUUGCGUACGGGAUCGCGCUCCCAGGGUUGUUUGCUAGCUCAACCCUUGCUAUUCAUCUGGUGAGCAAGCACUUCUUCGUCCGUUUUCUGCGAGGCUCUCAGCACCUUGUUGCCAACACCGUCACUCAUUGGGGCACCUGGAUUGGCUGCAUUUUCGGCUGUGCCACCAUCUCUUACUGCAUCGCAAGCGGAAUUCCUGUGUUUGGUCCCCUCAUCGGUUUCAUUGGAGCCCUGCUGGGUACACUGCAGUGCUUCCAGCCCAUGGGCUGCAUGUGGCUAUAUGAUAACUGGGCUACGGGCAAGCAAGAGGGUCGUUCGGUGCGAUGGAGCCUGAUGGUGUGCUGGAGCCUUUUCGUUAUUGUAUCCGGCACAUUCUUGAUGAUUGCUGGUACAUACGGUUCCGUACUGGAAAUUAUUGGCGCCCUCAAGGCCGAUGGUGCAUCCGGCUCUUGGUCUUGCGUUGACAACUCUAAUUCUGUUUAA